AUGGCUCGCAACGUGAAGGGCCCAGACCGGCUGAUGUUGCACCAAGUGCUAGGAGAACAAAUGCCUGCGGCAUGCUCAAGAAUGUGCGCUGAGGUUCCAUACUACUACGCGCCCACGGCGCCGAUGGCCGCGCCGGCUGUCAUGACCAUGCCUAUGAGGCAGUGCUUGCCUCGGGCCAGGGCAGAAAUCUCGCGGAGUCGACUUGUGGGAGAUGUCGCAGUUUUGGCGAGUGAGGGUUGCGCAAGGAUCUAUGUCGUGCCUCGCACUGUUGUGCCGCCGACACCAGCGCCCUACACGGCCCACCUGGCUGGCUUUGAGCUGAUGCUCCUAGCGGGCAUGGAGGCUUCCGCGGCUGGGAAGGACAGCGUCUUUCGGCAGGGAGCCUCAGCUUUCGUGGAUGGAAGGGUGGUCCGCGAGAAGGCGAUGGAUGCCCAUGGGCAGGCGAAGGCAGACGUCUACGCGCUCUCGAUGGGCAGGGGUGUGGCAGGCAAGGCUUCGUCUCGGUUCUAUUGGACAAUCUUUGAUGGGCUCGCGGUGCUUCGACAUGUUUCGUGCCCAGAUGGCAGGUGCUGGGGCGUGAGGCCGCAGCAGUCCUGCGUUCCUAUUACUUGUAGAUGGAUUGAAGAAUUUGCCAGUGCUGGUGGCUGA